AUGUCGACCGAUAUUACUACAGAAAAGCCCGAGGCUACAUCGAGCAGCGCUGCGCCAACAGAAGACCAUGCUAUAUCCAAAACCAAGGAGGGCUCGACCGAGAAGGACGUUGAGAUGGGCGACGACGAGCGCAAAGACCUGCUAAAGGCAUGCCGUCAAGUGGAGUUCUACUUCGCGGACUCCAACCUACCAUACGACCGAUUUAUGUGGACUCUACACACCAAAAACCCUGAACAUUGGGUACCGAUAAGCACCGUCGCAUCGUUCAAGCGCAUGCGGGAGCAUACUGCUCGGGGACUUGAUUGGGUGGUCAAGGCAGUCCGGUUAAGUGAGGAACUGGAAUUGGACGCAGAAGGCGUCAAUGUGCGGCGUACGACUGAGGUCCAGGAGCCUAAAGACCAGUUUGAGCGUAGUAUCUAUGCGAAAGGCUUCGGGGAUGAGGACAGCGAACUUCAAGGAAAGCUUGAAGCAUUCUUCGACAAGUACGGGAAGACGAACGCUGUACGCAUGAGACGGGGAGAGAAGAAGGCUUUCAAGGGCUCUGUUUUCGUCGAAUUCACCGAUUUCAAGUCUGUGGACGCGUUCCUCAAUGCGGAACCCAAGCCAACAUGGGAAGGCAAGGAACUGCUCAUCAUGUCGAAACAAGCUUACUGCGACAUGAAAAUCAAAGAAAAAGGUCUGACUGGGAAGGCCGCUGUCCACCGCAAGGAAUUGAUCAAUCGCCGAGGGUUCAACGCUUUCCAGGAAAAUAACGAACCAGAAAGAAGGCCAGCGAAGGCGGAGGUAUUCCUUGAGUUUAUGGGCAAAAAGAUUCGUGUUCAGCAAGACGAAGAAGGAAAUGGUACGGUCAAAGAGGAGGACGUGCCGUUCGUCAGCGGGGCUUCGCUCAAGUUCGAAGGCUGCGAUGGUCAAGUGGACUUCCAACAUAUCAAGAAAUCGCUCAAGGAUAAGUUCUCUCGUAGCCCAUUUAUCAAGUACAAUAAAGGCGAGAACCACGGUUUAGUUGGAUUCGACAAAGCCCUGUCAACGGAGGAAAUCGACUUCGUCAAGGAGACACUCAAGACCUUAAAUGACAAGGAGAUCACUUGGGCCGUAGCCUCCGAGGAAGAAGACAAGGCGCUGCAAAUUGAGAGGGCACAGUUUGCCGCCCGAAGUAUCCUUACACAUGCCCAAGACAACAAAGGUGGAAGGGGCGGAGGCAGGGGUGGCCGUGGUGGCGGCCGUGGGGGCAGAGGAAGAGGUGGACGCGGUGGGAGAGGUGGUCCUCAUGGUGGUGGCCGUGGUGGGUCUCGCAACCGAGAGAGGGCUGCAGCCGGUGAGUCCAAGGCAGAAGCGGAGGAACAGGCAGGUGACAAGCGAAAACGGGCCGUGGAGCCAGAUGGUGGCCCGGAUGUUGGCGUUCGUGGUACCCAGGCCCCUCCAUCCAUACAACCUGCUAAGAAAACAAAGGUUGACGACGCCAUUGCUUCAUAG